UUGAAACAAAUUAACUUUGUGGCAUAGCAGCUAUGAAGCUUGAAAUCCAAGUUGCACUAAAUUUUAUUAUUUCAUAUUUAUACAAUAAGCUACCCAGGAGACGUGUCAACAUUCUUGGUGAAGAGCUUGGAAGACUUCUUAAAAAGAAAUAUGAAGGGCACUGGUAUCCUGAAAAGCCAUACAAAGGAUCAGGGUUUAGAUGUAUCCAUAUAGGUGAGAAAGUGGACCCCGUGAUUGAACAAGCAUCCAAAGAGAGUGGUUUGGACAUUGAUGAUGUUCGUGGUAAUCUGCCACAGGAUCUUAGUGUCUGGAUCGACCCAUUUGAAGUUUCCUACCAAAUUGGUGAAAGGGGACCGGUGAGAGUGCUUUAUAUGGAUGAUACUAAUGAAAAUGGAUGUGAGUUGGAUAAGGACAUCAAAAACAGCUUUAACCCAGAGGCCCAGGUCUUUAUGCCGGUAAAUGACCCAGCCUAUUUAGUGUGCAGCUCUCCAUCGCCUUCCUUUGGUCACUAUGCUGCUGUUAACUAUGCCUUCAUGCCCUGGUACGCUCAGCCUUUAACCUUUACCACCGCCACUUUUGCUGCCACCAAGUUUGGCUCUACCAAAAUGAAGAAUAGUGGCCGUAGCAACAAGUUUGCACGUACUUCUAUCAACUUCGGCUUGAAUGUGAAUGACAUCCUGAAGCAGAAAGCCAUCACAUCCUCAACUCACUCUCAGUAUGGGUUUGGCCUGAGUAGCCAGCAGCAGCCACAGCAGCCACUGCCACCGCAGCACCAGCAGCAGCAGCAGCAGCAAACCUCUGCGCUUUCUCCUAAUGCCAAGGAAUUUAUUUUUCCUCAUAUGCAGGGUCAAGGUAGUAGUACCGAUGGAAUGUUCCCAGAUGAAAGCCCUCUUAACCUCAGUUCUCUCCAGUACAGUAAUGCCUUUGAUGUGUUUGGAACCUAUGGAGGCCUCAAUGAGAAUUCUUUUGUAGAUGGCUUGAAUUUUAGCUUAAAUAACAUGCAGUAUUCUAACCAGCAAUUCCAGCCUGUUACGGCUAACUAA